AUGCAGCAGACAGUCGCAGAGCAGAAGCCGUUGCGGCAAGGGGAGAGUGGGCAACGCAAUGAGUCAACGAGGCGCCCGCGUCUACAGCCAGUUACUCUCCAAUCUCUCUCUAUGCCACUCCCAGGGCCCCUGCAAUGCCAAGGACCGGUAGACCUAGAGCACGUGCCGUUACCUCACGAAGUCUUGCCACAGCCAGAGCGGAGCGAGGCACCCCCGCAUGCAGCAAGCCAUUAUUCUACGCUGCUAGGCCCUUCGGCUCCCGCGUCCUUCCCCUUGCUGCAGCAGUUGCAGGAAGAAGCCAUUAACCAGAACGAAAUGAUUGCGCCCUUGCCCAUCGCUCCCCUUCCCACCUUUGUUGGGGUACCUCUUCCUGUUGCCAUAGAUACACCCCAGAGCUCAGGAGGGCAGCCAGAUUCGAUCUCACUUACGGUGCAUCAGCACGCACAGGACAGUUCCCACGAGGACUUCAUGCUUCACUCGUCGGUGGAUUCUCGAGACCAGCAACUGCGUGGUAAGCAAUCACAGAACGCUAUGCACGAACGUGCAGACUCGCCACUACGACAAAGCUCUGAGGAGGGCACCGCAGUCGGGAACUCUCUGUCACCAGGAGGGUCCUUACCGGUGUUGUUUCACCUGUUCUCCCAGGGAAAUCCCUCUACGUUGCCUCCAUCUGAAACACGAGACAGGGACUGCUUUUGUUUCUCCAGCACCCCAGCCGCUGCCCGGACUUCGAUGUCUAUGAGUCAUGCAGAGCCAAUAUCCGCCUCAUUAGGAGCGGCUUGUACACGCUCCUGUGUCAGUGCUAUCAGCGGCUCCGCCUAUGAUGGGGGCCUUCAUGGUACCUCCCCUGUGGCCUCUGAGCCUGCACUGGCUGAUCCACAUUUUGCUACAGCCAGCUCAAGGCUUCCAAUGACCCCCAUGGUCUUCAUGCCUGGGAGCACUGACGGCACAGCAAUCCCUUCUGAGAUGUCCAAUACAAAGAACAAGAAAGAGUAUCUUAUGUGGAGUACAGGCUAUGCGGGGUCCCCAGGAGGUCUAUCAGGUGGCCUCUCAAUCACUUCCCCCCAACUUCCGAUUGAGGCCAUGGGGCCCUCUAGCAGCUGGAUUGCUUCAAACACCCCCGAGCCCUUGGACGUGCAGUGUGUGCAGAAAAGUGUGCACAGUGGCGCUGGAGGGGAGGGGAAACACGCAGCAGCAACUGCUGCAGUUAAUGCGACACGGCGACGGUGGAAGGAGGCCAUCGGUUGGUGCCGGCUAUUAGGCACCCUCGCAGUGUGGUUUUGUGUCUUGUUCUCGACUGCAUCUCUGCUGGAACUCAAGGCAGCGAGUGCAAUGAGAGUUCUACAGAUUGCUGCCCCCAUUGCUGCUGUGCUGCUGUUCUUCUCUCCUGCUAAUGCAGCCCACAAGGCACUGAAUGAGGGAGACGUAAGCAGUCUCCCCAUCGGUGUAUUCACUGCUCAGGCCGUCUCGUGUAUUGUGGCAAUAGUUUACGGAAUGCAAAUAGAUAGCAAGGCCAUCCUGAUUACCAAUGCAACAGGUCUCCUGGCAGAGCUAUGCUGGAUGGCAGUGUGGGCCUCAGCAUCGCAGGAGCAAACAGAAUCCCGAGGCAUGGCUAUCAGUUCAUUUACAGAUGAAGGGACCCUUGCGAGACCCUCGGUGCGGUUGGAAAGCGCUGCGGGCGCGAAUCCCACUGUCACCGAUUCUCCUAGGGGCGCUCUUAGCUCUCUCCAGCGGAGAGGCCUUCAAAGAAUCGCUAAGAGCAAAUCGGGGCUAAACUUUGCCUCGAGUCCUCGUCUUGGAGGUCCUUUGGCCUCAACAGUGGGAGCUGCUUUGAGCCCCCGUCAGAAAGGAGGAGGCUUGGGUGCAGCCACCCGGCACAAGAGGCCUGUGCAGCCGCAAAAACCGCAUCCAAGUGUUGCUGCAGCACUAGUCGGGGAUCGAUACGUACUUUCCAAGGGAACGGUUGCAAAUACAGGCGCAUCUGAUUCAUCCUUGCACCGCAGCGCAAGUGUGAGCAAUUAUCUCAAUCGGCCUAGCAGCGGCGACAGCAGCAGCGAAGGGACCAAGAACAAUAGUAGCACCAACCUAUCAACAGAACCUGAUCGCAGCAGUAACAACCGGAGGCGCAGCAGCAACAGCAGACUGAGAAAGAGACGGCGUUCGCACCAGGAGUCACGCAGUGCACUGUCUCCUGUUUUAGUGUUGUGUUGCCUUCGGUAUUUGGGGAUGCUACUGGCUUUUACGGCCCCAGUGUUCCUCUUCCUGCUGCUUCUCCCUGUUGCCCUUGUGGCGUGGCUGCAGGUCCCUGCAUCCCUUUGUCUCUUUGCCGCGCACAUUCCUAGACUGUGCUUCAUGAUACGAGCGAAGUCUCACAACUGCCUACCGCUGCCCUUGGUGUUGAUGGGCAUUCUCUGCAAUGCCUGUUGGGCGCUCUUAGGGUAUAUAUCUGCGCUCAAUGCCGUCUGCUGUGUCGGCCUUGUGGGUAAGCCAUUGCUCGUGAGUAUUAGCGUACCAGCAUGUGAAUGGAUUAGCCGUCUCUAG